AUGAAAUUCGCCCAAUUGGUGGUGGGCCCGGCGGGUUGCGGGAAAAGCACAUACUGUCAUAUAAUACAGGAGGCCUGCACUGCGCGCAAACGCGUGUGUCGUGUUAUAAACCUGGACCCGGCGGCGGAGGCGUUUAAAUAUGAGUGUACGGUGGACGUGCGGGAGCUGGUUAAAGUGGAGGAGGUGAUGGAGCACUUUAACUUCGGGCCGAAUGGGGCGUUGAUGUUUUCGAUGGAGUACUUGCUCAAGAAACUUGACUGGCUGGAGGAGAUCUUUGACACCUUCAGUGAUGAUGAUUUCAUACUCGUUGACUGCCCCGGUCAAAUCGAACUAUACGUCCACAACCCGGUAAUGCGUGAGUUCCUCAAAAUACUCGACAACUUCGACUACCGAACCAUCGCCGUUUAUUGCCUUGACGUCAGCUUCGUCGCCGACGUCACCAAGUUCGUCGCCGGCACCAUGACUGCCCUAUCCGCCAUGGUCAUGCUCGAAAUUCCCCAUAUCAACGUGCUCACCAAGUACGACCUCCUCUCUCGCGAAGAUCAAGAACGAGUUGACAACCUACUCGACAAAUCCCCUGAAGAACUCAUGGACGGAUUUCAAGAAGGACUGCCUGCUAAAUUCAAACAGUUCGUCAAAGGACUCAUAUCCGUCAUUGAUUCCUAUUCGCUCGUUUCGUAUUGCUGCAUGAACAUAGAGGAUGAAGAAUCCAUAGAUCACGUUCUCUUGUGUGCCGACAUGGCGAUUGGGUAUGGUGACAACCUUGAGCCGAAGGAGGCAGACUAUUUCGGCGGAACCGACGACUAA